UGGCCCUCCGCUGCUAACACUCUUCGCCGUCCAUAUAACCCCCGUCUCUCCUCCUCCUCCUCCCUCCCCAACGCCCCUCGCCGUGCACGGCCACUCCUCCCUCGACGACCCCUCCACACAAUGCCUCCCUCGUAUAGCCCGUGCCCCCGCCCCAUCCUCAAGCGUACCGCAGCCUCUGCCCCAGUCAGGCCGCCCCCGCAAGACGAGCCGUCCGCGCUCCUCGCUAUCGACCCCUCCAUCCUCUCCCCCCUCGUCCGCUUCCCCCACCACCAGGCCCUCGCCCACACCAUGGGUAGUGCCCUCCCGUACGACCGUACCCCCAUCGUCGUCACCCCCAAUCGCUGUGCCCUCCCUGAGCGUGGCUGCCCCGGACGCACCUACUCCCUCGACGACCCUAAUCCGGCCCAUUUGCGCUCAAGUAAAAGGAUGAGCCUCAGCCCCACCAGAGGCAAGCAUCUCCACCCCCGCGCAGCAGGUCACGACAGGGAAGCAUACGAGGACAACGACUUGACUCCCAGGCAGAGCCCGAGAGUCGACCACUUUCCUCUCCCGCCUCUCGUCCCUGACCUGUCCUCGGAAUCCUCAGAGGAGAGCGACGGUAUCGCGAGCCCGCCCCCAGAGUUCUACUCGACGUCCGCCGCACAUGGCAAGAUGUCUCUUGAGCAGUCCCUCAUGAACCUCACCUUGGCGGGCACCAACGCGCCAUCCAGCUCCGCCCUCUCCUUCCUCCCCCACCCGCCGUCCCCGCGGGUGCGCCCGUCGACGUCUCCUACGCAGCCGUCAUCGAUCCCGAGUUCGUAUCCCUACGCCUACUCGUCCUUUGCGUCAAAUCCCAGCUCGAGUGUCAGCAUCGGCAGCUCAAAUCCGCACUCGUCGAGCCACGGUGCAAGUUCGCCCGUGCGCUCGCGCUCCCCCGCCUCGCCGACACGCUCAAAACGCAAGUCGCGCCCUGCGCCUAUACCCAUCCCCGCCGGUGCCAACCCGGGCUCCAGCCCUAUCGCGGCGUACUCGCACUCGAGUCCGACCCCGACCGCCGCAUACCCAGGCGCCCCGGCUAGCCCGGAGCGUGAGCGGCGCAGCCGGCCCCGCGACGACCGCGGCGGAGACGUACGCAGAGAACACCGCGAGCGCAGUCGUGAACGCAGAGAACGGGAACGUUCGGAGCGUAUGGCGCGUUUCAGCUCGUCGUAUCGGCCUGGCUUCGCUGUCGAGGACGCGGGCUGUCUUGGCGGGUUUUAGCCAAGGCUCGUCGCCUCCGCAUAUGGCAUUCCACUCUUUUCAACGUCGUCGACCGAGAACUCGCCGUGCCGCCGCCGUCCUUCGGGGCAACAGCGGUGGGGAGGGCUUACACGUCAACCACGAGGAGCCGAGCCGAGUGUCGCCCGGGCGCACACGCCGGGCACCACGCAAAGGAGCACCACGCAGAGAGCAGCAACACCCGAGAGAGAGAAGCGCAAUGUUAAGUAAUUCAAUCCACCUGUACCACAACCGUAUCCACGCCCUAUUUGUUCCCUAUUUCCACCCGGCCUCCAACCGCACUUUCUUCUCCAACGCACGCACCGCAAUCAUCCUCAUUCUCAUCCCAUCAUCGACUCCGACUCUUUAUUCGCCUCCGCCUCGUCUCGUCUCGUUCCGUCCACCAACACAACGCCCGCACACCCUAUGACGACCUCGCUACGUGCCUCCCGCCUCUCCUCUUCCCCGCAUCAGGACCCUCGAGCGCCCCAUCAUGUCCAUACCCCUUCGCCUUCUCCACAUUACCCGCCCCGCCCGCCGCUCCCUUCAUUUCCCUCUCUCCUCCCUCUCCCGCACGUACGCACCCUUCGUCUCCCAUCCCGUAUUCUUCGCGCAGCCGCCCGUCGCCCCGCCCCCGCCCACCCGCCGUCUGCCGCUCCCUCGCGCAGGUCGCAGCGUGGAAGUGGGUGCAGCGGGUCCGCGGCGACGGGCACCCGUCCACGCCUACGUUCAUAUCCGUUCACUGUAUGUACGCGCACGCGGCCGGCGCUCCACGGACGAGCAGUCGGUAUCCCGCUUGUCGCUACGCUACAUAGCACCUGCACGCA